AUAACUUAGCGACACUACUUGCUCAUAGUCCGAACUCAUCUAACCGGUACCUUCGUCAUGCAAGUAUACACGAAUGAACGUUUCCUAUUGGAGCCCAGAAGAGGCGAACGUGCGGAGCAUAGGAUAAUGCUGGACCGAUGGUAGCGUCAUCGGCAUCGAGAAGGGCUGCUAGAGUUUCUCUUCAAUACCUCCAGAGAAGGGCGGCAUCCGACUGCCUUCACGAUCGAGUCACUUCCUUAGCGCCAGUCAAGAUGUUCGCCACGUUGAAGGAACUCUGUCUUCGCUGACUGUGCAUUUCCUAAGCGAAAGUGGGACGCCGUGUGACGAUGGUUCAAAGCUAGUGACUGUGCUUACACACAGAGGUGAACAGAUUGGAAGAUUGAAGGGCUGUGUUACACAAACGUUCUUGGUAUUUACUUUGCAAUAAGCAACCAACAACCAACAACCGACGAAAAUGCAUCCGACAGUGUGUCUAGUCAUGGCCCUAGCCCUCGUGGACCGGACGUGGUUCAACUCACCAUUCGUCAGCGGAGAAGAGACGGCAACGAAAAGCCUGGAAGCAGAGUUGAUGAAUGUCGGCGGCGUGCUCAUGAAGAAACUGAUGCCAGUGGCGUCGGAACUCGCCACCAGCCCCGAGCUGAGCACCGCAUGCGCUGGCAGCCUAUUCAAGAUCAUCAAAGCUACGAAAACGAGAGAACCAUGGGUGAUACGGAUGAUCCUGGCUAAUGGAUUGCUUCCGAACAAUAUCCUCGAGGGAAGUCUUAUCAGCCUUGGAGGCUACGAACAGUGCCUCAAGACCAGGGUGUUCAACUCGGAGGGCGAGUUAACACACAAGGGACAGUAUUGCAGCCUCUUCGUCUACCCCCCCUGGUCACUCCUCGAGACUCUCGUGAAGAAGUUUCAGGCUGUUGGCGAAUUUUCAGGCAGGGUGAACCCCCUCACGAUCACCACAAAUGCAAAGAUAGGAAAGAAAGCGUUGCGUAUUGGACUUUGUACGCUCGAUGCUUGCUCCGAGAAAGAAGUCGACUUCCUAGCUGCUGGAGUUUUCCAGCAAUACGGCGCAAACACAACGGUCACCGGCUGCCGAACAGACAAUCCAAAGGAGUUGACGAAACUUCAAUAUGCUUCAAUAUAUUACUUGAGCAUCCUUGGACUUGUCGUUCUUGUAGGAACGCUUAUUGAAUGGAUCGUGCUGAAGCUCCCGGCGCCGGACAUGGAAGCCAGUCUGUCACGCAUCUGGGGGCCGUUCAAAGUGUUCCUGUACUUCUCUGCAAUCAGCAACACAAAACGCCUUCUGAAGACCACAGCGAGAAAAGAAAACGAAAACCUGAUUUUUAUCAGCGGUUUCAAGAUAUUCCUCAUUUUCUGGGUCAUCUACGCCCAUUGCUACGUCUUGAUACAGCCAGAGUUUGCGCGGAGCCCGUUUGUCUUCGUAGACCUGUCAGCGAAAGUUUUCUUUCAGUUGAUGCUCAAUGGUCUCCUCAGUGUGUCUACGUUUUUAUUCCUAAGUGGAUUUGUGAUGUCAUACUUAAUGCUCCAGUCUCACGCAGUAGUUCGCAAGCAAAAUCCGAUAGCUGUUUACGUCAUAGCCUCAGUUCGGCGGUACAUCAGGCUGAUGCUGCCCAUCGUAUCUGUGGUGAUGGCAUGCUUCCUUCUGCCGCACUUUGCCGACGGCCCCGCAAACCACGAACUCUUGCAGCAGCAGGUUGACGGGUGCAUCAACCGUUGGUGGGCGGUGUUGCUCAGUUUCAACAACUUCUACCCCGUCGACAAGAUGUGCAUGAUUCACCUGUGGUACGUGAGCACCGAUGUUCAAAUAUUCCUCGUGAUAGCAUUUCCGCUCACCAUCCUUUUUGUCUGGCACCCCAAGUUCGCCCUUUUGGUCUCAUGCGUCGUUUCUCUGGUAUUCUGCAUUUUGGUAUCGCUACAAACUCACUUUUGGCACCUGCUUUACUCCGGGACGACAGCCUCCAAUGAUGUCGUGCGCCUUGUAGAAACUAUCGAGCUGAUCUACUUCCGACCCUUCACACAUGUUGCGACGUACGUUCUUGGCGUCGUUGUCGGAUACUUGGCGCUACAGUAUGGGAACGUGAAAAUUGGCCUGGUUAUGCAGCUAGCCCAGUGGAUCAUAUCACUGGCACUCACCGGCUUCGUGCUGUUCAUCACCCUGCCAUGGAAUCGAGGCCACCCGCCAGAUGAAAUCACGACUGCCGUUUACGCCGGUUUCCACCGUCUGGUCUGGUCACUGGGCCUCGUCUGGCCCACGUUUGCCUGCGCCACAGGUCGAGGAGGUUUGCUGAACACCUUUUUCUCAUGGAAACCAUUCUUGCCAUUGUCAAGGCUCGUCUACUCUGUCUACCUCGUUCAUGUGCCUCUUCUAUACCUUCGCAUGGGCAUUAUAAAAACGCACAUCAACAUGAACGAAUUCUUUCAGCUCAACACUGCUAUCGGCCUCUUCGGCAUGAGCUUGUUCCUGGCAUACCUUCUGUACCUGACCACGGAGGCCCCCGUGACACGAUUUGAGAGGCUGAUAUUCGAGGGAAAAAGGAAGGAUGCACUCCUGAACAGUGUCAAGAAGUCUGCAGCUGCUCCACCAUCUAAAAUGACCAUUGUUGAGGUCCAAACGAAAACGGUUCCUCUUAAAGACAAUUCUGACAAAAAACCAGAGAAGAGCCCCGAAAUUACGCUCACCAUGGAGGAACAUGUGAAGAAGCUGUAUAUGAAUGCAGGUGGCGUCGACAACCAUGCUUUCCAGACCGAAUCUGAAAAGUCGAAGCUCUUUGAAAAGCAGUGGUCGAAUAUUCAAAGAGACCUAACCGAUGUGUCCGACCUGCUACUAAAGAAGGUGUGGCCUCUAGCCUCUGAAGUGGCAGCUGACGGCAACGUCAGCGUGCCAUGCACAUCCGCCUUGUUGAAGAUGUUCUCCGCACUGAAGCGGCAGGAGCCAUGGCUCAUCAAGAUGGUCCUUGCCAAUGGCUUCAUGCCUAGCAACUUACUGGAAGGCGGAGUAGUGAGCCUUGGUGGCUACGAACAAUGCCUACACACCACAGCUCGUGGCACGAACAUCAAGGGCCAAUAUUGCUCGCUUUUCCUGCAACCACCUCGUCAUGUAAUGGAAGAUCUCGUUCGCCGCUUUAACCAAGAAGGAGACUUGCAGAUUCCAACUGUCUUAGUUUUACAGCAAUACGGAAUUCAGGCCUCCGUGAAAGGGUGCAGGUCCGGUGAAGCGAAAACGUGGACUUGGGCACAGGUGUUUUCAGUGACGAUUCUUUCAACACUCGUCGGUCUGGUGCUUGUGGCCACUGCAAUCGAAAAGUGGAGCACGGACCACAAGUGCUUGUCAGGGCCAUUACUGAAGAUGGUAAUCAUUUUCUCCGCAAUAUCGAAUACGAGAGCGCUCCUGAAGACAGAAAAUACCGGGCUCAAUCAAUCCCUCCUAUUUUUGAGUGGCCUGAAAGUAUUUUGUGCCUACUGGGUUUUGCUAGACCACGAGUACAUCGCCCUUCAGGCAGAAUUUUUGCACAGCCCAUUUGAGUUGAUGCGACUGUCAUCGAAGCCUUGGUUUCAAUUUAUCACCAACGGUGUCUUAAGUGUAGCGACGUUUUUCUUCAUGAGUGGUUUUGCCUUGUCUUUCUCCAUGGCUGGCUCACGUCCAACCAUCCGCUCGUUUGCUGUGGCGAUCGCUCGUAGGUACAUAAGGUUGACCUGUCCAGUGUUGGUGGUUGUGCUCAUGGCGUUCCUCUUGCCGCUCAUUGCCGACGGCCCUGCGGAUUCGGAACUGCUGCUGCAGCAGUUGAGCGGCUGCUACACCAACUGGUGGGCCUUACUGGUGCACGUUAACGACUUCAUGCCUCGGGACCAAAUGUGCCUCACCCACCUUUGGUACGUCGCUGCUGAUAUGCAGAUAUUUGUAGCUGUCGCCCUCCCGCUGGUGGUGCUUCUGAAUAGGAACAAAAAAUUCGGAUUUGCGCUGGCUUUCGUGACAUGUGCAGCGUUCUCAAGUUUAGUUGCGGCGCAAACUUACCUCUGGAAUCUGUUCCAUGGAAUAACCUUCGGAAACAGUGAUGUCAGACGAUUUUCGGACACGCUGGAAUACGUUCAUUUCAAGCCGUUUGUCCACAUCCCAACGUACGUCUGCGGUACGGUGUGUGGCUUUCUCGCCAACAAAAUGAAAGGAAAACUACUGCACAAGAGAACGGAAGCCCUACUUUGGCUUCUGUCCGGCUGUCUCCUCUCCUCGGUUAUGUUUGUGACGAUUCCGUGGAAUGGAGGUCAUUUCCCCGCUGACUCUAUUAUUGCCCUGUACGGAGGCUUCCACAGACUUGCCUGGGCACUGGGUAUUUCUUGGCCAUUCAUUGCCUGUGCAACUGGAAAAGGAGGUGUCCUUUAUGAAUUCCUGGCAUGGAAGGCGUUGCUAGUGCUGUCCAGGCUCACCUAUGGAAUUUAUCUCACGCACCUUCUCUUUAAUCUGCUACGCAUGGCCAAUACAAAGACACCGAUAAAUGUGGACGAGUUCUUGCAGCUGAGGAAUUCCAUUGGAACGUUUGGCCUCAGCGUUGCGUUGGCGUACGUGCUGUACAUAAUUUGCGAAGGCCCAACACAGCAGAUAGAAAAAGUUCUCUUCAGGAAGACCGCGACCCCUCGUGCUACAGCUUCUCCUCAAGAAAAUGAAACUGCAACAAAACCAUCCUCUGAUGUUGUCAUCAAUGCAGCAAGCACGAUGAACUGGAUAGGCAGCAACAGGCUACCGCUGCUUGGAUAUGUGGUCGUCCACCUUGUCUCUGCCGCUGAAGGCGUCUAUGAGACCACAACUAUCGUGGCUGGAGCACCAACGGCCAGCGAGGUACCCACGCGUAGCUUCGAGGCCGAUAUGGACGAUGCCCUCACUCUGCUUUCCCGGAAAGCACUACCACUGGUCUCGGAGUUGUUGACGAGUGGGGAGCUCGGCGCUGCCUGUUCCUCGAGUCUCAUCAAGCUCUUCCUGCAUCUAAGGCUCAAGGAACCAUGGGCGAUCCGCAUGGUGACCGCCAAUGGCCUGGUGCCGACCAACCUGCUCGAGGGCAGUCUGGUGAGCUUGGGAGGCUACGAGCAGUGUCUGAAGACCCGCUUUUAUGACUACCAGGGCGAGCUACUCUUCAAAGGACGCUACUGCUCGCUCUUUGCCCAAAUGCCCAAGGAUGCCAUGCGCAGCCUCGUGGAGCGCUUCCAAACCGCCGGCAUGCUACGCGGGCGGAAGGAUCCACUGACUGCGACUAUGGGCACCGGUUUUCACAGCAUCGACUUUAGAGUUGGGAUAUGCCUGCCCUCACUGUGCUCACGCUUUGAAAUAGAUUAUCUCUUUAGUUCAAUUAUGAAGCUAUACGGAGUGAAUGCCACGGUUCGCGGGUGCAGAACUGAUGAUCCAAAGUCCUUAACUAUGCUGCAGGCCUGCUGCAUCGCGCUCUUCUGCUCUCUAGCACUACUUUUAUGCGUUGGAACAAUCGCAGAGUGGUAUUUGAAGCCAUUAGGUCCCACGAAACCCAGUAAAAAGUCUGAAGCUUAUCUCGUCAAGGUUUUGUGCUGGUUCUCUGUCAUUUCGAACACCCAACGCCUCUUCAAUGUCAGCCAAUAUGAAGGAACACCACGCGAGAAUUUGCUCUUCUUCAGCGGAGCCAAGUUGAUCCUGUGCUUCUGGGUGGUCUUCUUUCACUCCUACACGCUGAUUCAACCCGAGUUCUACCAUUCCGGCUUCAAGAUAUUUGACUUGGGAGACAGGGUGUAUUUCCAGUUAAUAACAAAUGCAUUCUUGUCAAUUUCCAGCCUCUUCUUCAUUCAAGGAUUUACGUUUUCGUACCUCGCUAAUGUGGACAACGAAGGGCUUCCUCCAACAAAGUGCUUGCGUUCCUAUUUGCUGAUUCUUGUUCAUCGAUACAUCAGACUGACUGUCCCCGUUGUGAUUGUGGUGUUGUUCGCAUUUCUGCUACCCAUCAUGGGGGAAGGGCCCGCCGACCAAGAGCUGUUUUCGAAACAGAUCGGCAGGUGUGCAGAAAACUGGUGGACGCUGAUCACGCAUACGAACAACUUCAACGCGCUCAAUGAAACCUGUUUAGUACACCUUUGGUACGUCAGCACAGAGAUGCAGCUCUUCACCCUCACACUGCCAUUCACCAUGCUUCUGCCAAGGUUUCCCAAAACAACUGUGACCGUGCUGGUGUUGGCUGGAGUUACUUGCAGCACUUACACGGCCUUCCGUACAUUCUUUUCGAAUCUGCUUUACGGCAUGACAACUGGCACGAACGAUGGACGGCGCAUCUUCAAAACUCUAGAGCUGAUUUAUUUUAGACCAAUAACCCAUGUGGCGACGUAUGUAAGUGGAAUCCUGGCAGGGUACACCGCUGUGAAAUACAAGGAAGUCACUAUAUCUCGUAUCACGCAAGCAUUGCUCUGGCUGCUGUCAGCCGCAGCUGUGUGCUUCGUUUUAUUCGUCACAUUGCCAUGGAAUCGAGGGCACUUGCCGGACCCUAUCACCAAUGCGAUAUACGGAGGAUACCACCGGCUCCUAUGGUCACUGUCACUGUGCUGGCCGGCUUACGCCUGCGCUACGGGCUACGGAGGCAUGAUAGCCCGCAUGUCAUCGUGGAAAGGGUUCGUGCCGCUUGCAAGGCUCACGUACGGCGUGUACCUUCUUCAAGGAGUGUUCCUUCUUCUCCGGAUGGCGCUGGUAAAGACACGCUUCAACUUGGACGACUUUUUCCAGCUUACGAACACCCUGGGAAUCAUAGGCAUCAGCUACUACUUCGCAUACCUGCUCUUUCUUCUGUGUGAUGCUCCCAUCGAAAAUUUUUACGAGCAUGUUACUCGCAACAAAAUUCCUGAAAUUCCACAACCUACAGUACCCAAUUCCAGGCCAUUGCAGACAAGUGACCAAAUCCGACGACUCCGACCACGUGUAACUUUCCUCCUCGGAGUCAUCCUGAGCAUCGUAGGCUGCUUCCUGACGGGUUAUCUCACGUACAAAUGGGAUCUGUUAUUUUCUCUUACUCCUGGAACUUCAGACAUAGGCAAGAUUCUGGACACAGCCGAAUACAUCCACUUUAAGCCCUUUGCCCAUGUGCCUAGUUACAUGAGUGGAAUGUUGUGCGGCUACCUUACCGUACGCUACAGGAAUGCGAAAAUUUCGAAGCUCACGCAGGGCUGUGCAUGGUUUGCAUCGGUCGUGCUGAGUGUGGUCGUCAUCUACGUGCCCACGCCAUGGAAUCGAGGCCACAUGCCCACGAGAAUGGUCACUGCGUUGUACGCCGGCCUCCACCGUAUCGUCUGGUCUCUACCUUUCUGGUGGUUACACUACGCCUGCGUCACCGGACGUGGAGGGUCACUAAAUGCUUUCCUGUCCUCAAGAAUCUUCCAAGUGCUUGGACGGCUUGUGUAUGGCACGUAUUUAAUUCACUUCCCUUUGCUGAUAGUCCGCAUCGGAAUCAUCAAGACACCCCUUCAAGCCGAGGAAUUUUUCCAGACGUUGGAAUUUAUUGGCAUCACCGUGCUGAGCAUGACGCUCGCGUUGCUCCUGAACGUCACGUGCGAGUCCCCCAUCGAUGCACUGGACAGAAUGCUUUUUCGCGCCGUCGACACGCGAAUUGUAAAAGAACUCAACAACACGGCGGACGCGAAGAAGCCGCCACUGCCGGAGAUCAUCGAGAACAACCACGAAAAGUCUCGUCUGUAA